AUGGAUAGAUACCCACAGUCUACCUAUGGUGAUGCGCCUCCAGCGUAUCUAGACCCCGAUGCACCCUAUCUGUCCGAUCCAGAUUCGCCUCAUGCGGCGACUCGACAUAACGGCGCGACAAUGCGACUGCUCCCCACAAGUGUUGGCCACGAGAAUGAAGAUGUAGAUGGCGGUCGUCGCCCAGCGUCGCCGCUGCUUGAGUUUCCUUACAUUCCUGCCGUUGCUGUCGUGACGAGGGCACGACCGAGGACCGCACGGGCACCCUCAUACGAUGACCGCUAUUACAAUGUUCCCAGCGCGGCCUCGCCAUCGCGCCCAGCUUCCAGCAUGGGAAACCCACCCAGAAUGCCUGCACCCACAGCAAGUCUAGCCGACACAUCAGUGUACCCAUCGAUACCUCCACGCACAGGAUCUCCCGUUCGUCCAUGGAGUCCUGGACAUGUCCGGCCUCCUUCGGUCUCGAGUGUCGGGUACGAACGCGCUGAUCUCAAUGGAAGCCCUCGACCAGGCACUCCAAGCUCACGAUAUGGCGGAAGUCCGCGCAGACCACUACCUCCAGCGCCGCUAUUCUCAGCGCCAGCUCCGUCCGCAGGCCCAGAUGCCAGUAUCGACAUUGGAGACGGACUGGCAGGCGAGGAUCCGUUCGGCGGUGGCGGCCAGAGAAUUCAUCAUACGUCCCGCGACAGUGUCAGAUCCUUCAUGAGCGAGUCGACCAUGCUCGGAGAUGAAAAGGACGACAUGACAAAGGUUGAAUUGGAGGAGGAAGACGACGAUGAAGCGAGCAUGAUCGAUCCCAACUUGCACUACGGACCGGCCCCCGACAAACAGGGUCGACGUGGCGUGCGUCCCACUCAAAUGGCCAAGAAGGAGGUCCAGCUUAUCAACGGUGAGCUGAUCCUCGAGUGCAAAAUCCCGACCAUCCUCCACAGUUUUUUGCCUCGACGCGAUGAGCGUGAAUUCACACACAUGCGAUACACUGCGGUGACAUCCGAUCCGGAUGACUUCACGGCGCGAGGCUACAAGCUCCGGCAGCAGAUCGGUAGUACGACUCGUGAGACGGAGCUGUUCAUCUGCGUGACCAUGUACAAUGAAGACGAGAUUGGCUUCACACGAACCAUGCACGGCAUCAUGAGGAACAUCAGCCACUUCUGCUCGCGUACCAAGUCUCGUACCUGGGGCAAGGACGGAUGGAAGAAGAUUGUGGUGUGCAUCAUCUCCGACGGUCGCAAGAAGGUGCAUCCGCGGACUUUGAACGCGUUGGCUGCCCUUGGUGUGUAUCAGGAAGGCAUUGCGAAGAACAUUGUCAAUCAGAAGGAAGUGCAAGCCCACGUUUACGAAUACACUACGCAGGUGUCCCUUGAUUCAGAUCUGAAAUUCAAGGGCGCGGAGAAGGGGAUUGUGCCAUGCCAAGUGAUAUUUUGUCUCAAGGAGCACAACAAGAAGAAGCUGAACUCCCAUCGAUGGUUCUUCAACGCUUUUGGACGGGCCCUGCAGCCUAACAUCUGUAUCCUGCUCGAUGUGGGUACCAAGCCUGAGCCAACGGCACUGUACCAUCUUUGGAAGGCCUUUGACCAGGACUCCAGUGUUGCUGGAGCUGCUGGCGAAAUCAAAGCCGGUAUUGGCAAGGCCGGACUUGGGCUAUUGAACCCCCUCGUGGCCAGUCAAAACUUCGAGUACAAGAUGUCCAACAUUCUUGACAAACCGCUUGAAUCAGUCUUUGGAUACAUCACUGUGCUUCCUGGCGCACUGAGUGCCUACCGAUUCUUUGCACUACAGAACGAUGCUGAUGGGCAAGGUCCUCUCAACCAGUAUUUCAAGGGUGAGACCCUGCAUGGCCAGGACGCGGAUGUGUUCACUGCCAAUAUGUAUCUGGCUGAAGAUCGUAUCCUUUGCUGGGAGCUCGUCGCUAAACGAGAAGAAAGAUGGGUUCUGAAAUUUGUCAAGAAUGCCGUCGGAGAGACUGAUGUGCCGGACUCGGUUCCGGAGUUUAUCUCUCAGCGUCGUCGAUGGCUCAAUGGUGCUUUCUUCGCGGCUGUUUACUCGAUCUUCAAUUUCAGGCAGAUCUGGAAGACCGACCAUUCGUUGGCGAGAAAGAUCUUGCUGCAUAUUGAGUUUGUUUAUCAAUUCCUCAAUCUUGUCUUCACUUACCUUGGAUUGGCCAAUUUCUACCUCGCAUUUUAUUUCAUCGCUGGAUCACUUACCGAUGACAAGUUGGAUCCCUUCGGCCACCACAUGGGCAAAUACAUCUUCAUUGUACUCCGCUACGCCUGUAUCUUGAUCAUGUGUUUGCAGUUUAUCAUUUCACUCGGUAACCGACCACAAGGUGCCAAAAAUCUCUACCUCUCAGGCAUCGUUGUCUACGCCGUGAUCAUGUUCUACACGGUGUUCUGCGCCCUCUACCUCGUGGUGAAGGAGCUCAUGGCACGUGUCAGUGGCAAGGAGGACGGCCUGGCUGUCAGCAGCUCCCUCCUCGUCAAUAUCGUGGUGUCCAUGCUGUCCACCGUCGGUCUGUAUUUCUACAGCUCCUUUCUCUACCUGGAUCCCUGGCACAUGUUCACUUCAUCUGCGCAAUACUUCCUUCUCAUGCCGAGUUACAUUUGCACUCUGCAAGUCUACGCAUUCUGCAACACCCACGACGUGACAUGGGGCACCAAGGGAGACAACGUCAUCCACAAUGAUCUGGGCGCGGCAAAAACGAUCAACGGCUCAACUGUCCUCAUCGACAUGCCCUCUGAACAACUCGACAUCGACAGCGGAUACGAUGCGGCUCUGCGCAACCUCCGAGAUCGCCUUGAAGUCCCCGAGGCUCCUGUCUCCGAAUCCCAAAUGCAAGAAGACUACUACCGUGCCGUCCGCACAUACAUGGUGUCCAUCUGGAUGGUCGCCAAUGUGAUUCUGGGCAUGGCAGUGUCUGAAGUCUACGGCGUGGAUUCCGGCGGCACGAAUAUCUAUCUCGCUAUUGUGCUGUGGUCUGUCGCCGUUUUGGCUGCUGUUCGCGCAGUCGGUUCGACCGUUUAUGCGGUGUUGAACGUCGUUCACAAGAUCGUCGAGGGAAAGACCAAGUUCGAUGCUGGGAAUAUUUCAAACUUUGCUCCCAGCUCCUUUGGUGGAAGUGCUGUUGGGGGUAGCUCUGACGGGCGUGGUGGUGGCAGUGCUCCUAAACCGAUUCGCUACAGUGGCGGACCGAGUCUCAAGGAUCGUAUUGCUGAAGUGAGAUGGUCGAUCGGUCGAACUAUGGGCAAGGCCAUGUUCUGGCGGAAAUAG